AUGUUUCCACUGCAUCUUUUCUUCACACCCCCCCCCCCCUAUGCACACUACCUGGACAUUGACUUUACGCGCCGCAACAAGAAGCCGCGCCCGCUUUCGGAGCACGAGAAGGAGAAGCUGGACGAGUUUGUCGACGCGAUUCACUACUCGGCGAGAUACUCGGACGAUGCAUACGAAUAUCGCCACGUGCAGCUGCCCAAGCAGAUGCUCAAGGCAAUCCCCAAAGACUACUUUGACGGAGCGCGAGGUACAUUGAAGCUGCUAUGGGAAGAGGAGUGGAGGGCGCUGGGAAUCACCCAAAGUCUCGGAUGGGAGCACUAUGAGGUUCAUGAGCCCGAGCCACACAUCUUGCUCUUCAAGCGACCUAUCAACUAUCAGCCUCCUAUGCACUGAUUGAAGACGAUGCCUUCGCGCGGCUUCCGGCCUCUGGCACGUCAAAAGCGAGUCGCGCAAUACCAGCAGCGCAGACGACUACGGCACACGACACAGCCUUUUUGCGAUACCUUGUUGCUUCCUUGUCGAUUUAGAGCGAGAGACGCUAGACAUAACGACGAUAUGAUCAUGGCGGAACAUAUGACGCGCUCCAUGGCCCGGGCGAGGCGCGUCCUGAGGUCCAUUAUGCGGGGGGAGGGGGGGAGGCCAUGAGAGCCCAGACUUGUACAUA